GACUAGCGCUUUUUAUUGACCGAGAUCAGGUGCGCAGUUCACGGUUCGAGCCACGAUUAGUGGCUGAAAUCGACAAUAGAUUAAUCAAUUAGGACAACAACGUUCAACACUGUGCUCGAACAGGAUUUUGACAGACAAAACCAUUUGGCCCGUGUUAUUACAGUUAUCACAAAUCAACCGGUGACAACUGGUCACAAAACGUGUUAAUUAGGUCACCGUGGCUUUAUUUGAACACAUCCCAGUGUAUAAAUGGAAUGUCGCUUAAAGUCAUUUUGACAAUCAGGAGUAAAGGAGUUAAGACCUUACGCUGAUUUCAUAAAUGUGUUCUGAAAAACUGGAAUUAUCGGUGUUCAACUGUGUUUUGUAGCUUUAUUUGAUAUAAUUCGUGUUCGGUUCAAUGAAAUUUCUGAGGACCUCGACGAAGUACAUGAAAUGGCAACGACAAAUGUUAAUAAAACAGAAUUCUCUAUAGAGAAUCUAGCCAAGAGCAGUCGUACAGAAAACGAUGAAUGUGACAGUAACGAAAUCGUGAAUAGAAAUCCAUGUCAGGGUGUAGAUUUCACGAACCAUGCAGAUUUGUAUAUACCUGUAGAUGUCUAUAGUAGCCCGUAUUACACAUACAAUGGGCAGACAUCGCCGUGUAUAUCACAAGUACAUUCUAAUUAUCAGCUAGGAGAGUCGUUUCGACUUAGUCCAGAUGAUGGAUAUUUUUCUCAGCAGAAUACGCCUUCUGUAUACAGAAGUUGUCGCAGGAGCAUGCGCAUCAGUGAUCAUGGUGAUCUUGAUCGUAUUACACCUGUAAUCGGAAGAUGUAUGAAGAACAUUUAUGUCGGUGAUGAGCAACACACACAGUGUGGAAGUAGUCCAUUACGUACUCCAAAUAACAGUUUAAUCGAUUCAAGUUUUGAAACCGUGUCUCCGACAUCAGAUUCUGAUGAAGGUGUUGGGGAUACUCCACGGACGAAGAAAGUGAAAGUGAGGACUGCAUUCUCCACUGAACUGAUUCAGGCUUUGGAACGCAGAUAUCAGUCACAGAGAUAUCUUCCGGCCGGAGAGAGGUCAAGACUAGCCAGGAAAUAUGAACUUACGGCCCAACAAGUAAAAACUUGGUUUCAAAAUAGAAGAAUGAAGGAAAAACGGAAAAAGAAAAAUGACUUAUUUCCUGGAGGUAUGAACUUACCAACAGGUGGCGUCGAUGUCGCCCAGUUAAAUGCGCUCGGAAUCCCUUGUCCCCCACCAUACACAAUCAACAACAAACAUCAACAGUUGUUGAAAGUUGACGGUAUCACGAGUUCUCCUUUACGGGCGUUGAGUCCAAAAUCACCGAUGUUGCAAACGGUCCAGCACGUGCAUUUUUUCUCAAGAAUUCAGCCAACAGCAAAUAGCCUUGGGACUCUGUCCGCAUUUGCGGCAUCGACCAACUCGGGUUAUAGAUGAUAGAGGAAGUGAAUGUAUACGAUUGAUAGAACGUAAUAUGUUGAUGACUGUGUUAUACCUAUAAAUACUAUUCUGUAAAUAAUUGAUGAUGAUACGUAAACAAAUUCUGUCAAUAUGAAUUGAUGAUAUUUAAAUAUAUUCUGUAAACGUUAUCAUUACCUAAAUCGAUCCACAAUGUGCCAAAAUGAAUAAACUGUGAUGAUUAAACUGA